AUGGGACACAAAAUAACGUCAGAUGGUCUUCAAUCCGAUCCUGAAAAGGUUAAAGCAAUAUUAAACAUGCCAAUUCCUAAAGACAAGAAAGAUCUUCAAAGAUUUCUUGGAAUGGUUCAAUAUUUGGCCAAGUUUAUUCCUUAUCUUUCAGAAAUGGCAAGUCUCCUCAGAGAUAUGUUAAAGAAGGAAAAUGAUUGGUGUUGGUUAGAUCAACAUCAAAUAGUGUAUGACAGAAUCAAGAAAUCCUGUGGAGAGAAUCCUAUCUAUGGCAGAGAUGUCAAUGUUGAAACAGAUCAUAAGCCCUUAGAGCAGAUUUUCAAGAAGCCCCUUCAUCAAUCUCCAUUGAGACUCCAGAAAAUGUUGCUGAAACUUCAAAAGUACAGUUUGAAAGUCUCGUAUAAGAAAGGAGCAGAACUUUAUCUCGCGGAUCAAUUAAGUCGAGCGUAUAUCCAAGAAGAAUCAGAUGAUCACUUAGAAGAUUUUGAGAUAAAUGUUGUCUUGCCAGUAAGUGAAGAAAAAAUGAACCAAUUGAAGGAAGAGACAAAGAAAGAUAAAGUAAUGAAAAUGCUACGACAGUACGUAGAAAAUGGAUGGCCAGAUCUACGCAGUAAAGUCGAUUUGGAUGUUUUGAAUUACUGGGACUUUAAAGAGACUCUUUCAGUACAAGAUGAUCUACUGUUUAAAGGAGAUCGAGCAAUAAUUCCUGAGUCAUUAAGAACUGAUAUGUUGAAAGCUAUACAUCAAGGACAUUUUGGAUCUGAAUCAUGCAAACGUAGGGCUCGAGAGUGUUUAUAUUGGCCAAAGAUGAGCUUAGAAAUAGAAGCAGAAGAGCCUCUACAAUCACAUACUGUACCACAUCGACCGUGGAGUAAAGUUGGAGCAGACCUGUUCGAAUUGAAUGGUAGAAGCUAUCUUCUUAUGGUAGAUUACUACAGUGGAUUCUUUGAAAUUGAUUACUUGUUAAAUACAACAUCAAAGACAGUUAUCACAAAGAUGAAAUCUCAAAUUGCGAGGUACGGAAUUUUCGAAGAUCUUAUAACAGAUAAUGGUCCACAAUUCAGGAGUAAAGAAUUUCGUGCAUUCUCGUCACAGUAUGGAUUUAAACAUACAACAAGUUCACCUGGAUAUCCAAAAAGUAACGGCAUGUCAGAGCGUGCUGUACAGACAGCAAAAGCAAUCAUAAAGAAAGCAAAAUAUGAUAACACCGAUCCUUAUUUAGGACUCCUUAAUUAUAGAAAUACACCUAGAAAUGAAAUUGUUGGCAGUCCAGCUCAAAGACUAAUGGGACGAAGAACUAGGACAUUACUACCAAUAUAA